AUGGCUUCUCCACCUCAAUGGCCCUUGGCCUUGAGCACUCCAAACAUCAUACUCAUGCUCGGCCUCACCUACAUCUGGCCUUCACCUACUCUUGGUCUUCACCUACCCUUGGCCUUCACCUCACAUCUCCACAUCGACACUCUACCAUGA